AGGGGGGGUCCCCCCCCCCAAGGGAUGUCCCCGGGGGGUGAGGGGGGGUGGGGGGAGGAUUGAUCCUGCUCCCACGUGACGCCGGGUCCUGAUCUCCUAAGGGACUUUGGGACUUUGGACCAGAGGCCAGCACAGCCAUGGCCACCCCCGCGCCCCGCGUCGUCCUUGUCACCGGCUGCUCCUCCGGCAUCGGCUUGGCCGUCGCCGUGAGGUUGGCGCAGGACCCCCAGCAACGCUUCCAGGUCAUCGCCACCAUGCGGGACCUGCGGAAAAAGGAGAAAUUGGAGGAGGCGGCGGGAUCGGCGCUGGGGAAAACGUUGAGCAUCCAAUGUCUGGAUGUCUGCAGCGACAGCUCGGUGGCAGAGUGCAUGGGGAGCAUCCCCGGGGGACGGGUGGACGUGUUGGUGAAUAACGCCGGCGUGGGCCACAUCGGUCCCGUGGAAAGUAUCAGCGUGGAGGAGAUGAAACGCGUCUUCGAGACCAACUUCUUCGGGGCUGUGAGGAUGAUCAAGGCCGUUCUCCCCGACAUGAAGCGGAGGCAGAGCGGACACAUCGUGGUCAUCAGCAGCGUCAUGGGGCUGCAAGGGAUCGUCUUCAACGACGUCUACGCUGCCUCCAAGUUCGCCGUGGAGGGAUUCUGCGAGAGCUUGGCCGUGCAGCUCCUGCAGUUCAAUGUCUUCGUCUCCAUGGUGGAACCGGGCCCCGUGAACACGGAGUUCGAGGUGAAGCUGCUGGAGGAGGUUUCACGCUCCGAGUUUCCCGGCACCGACGCGGCUACGGUGCGGUACUUCAAGGACGUGUACCUGCCGGCUUCCCAGGAGAUUUUCGCCACGCUGGGGCAGAGCCCCACCGCCGUGGCCGAGGCCGUCGCCGACGUGAUCGGAGCCAGGCGGCCGGCUUUCCGCACGCAAACCAACCACCUCUACACGCCUUUGGUGGCCCUCAAGUACGCGGAUCCCUCGGGGGAUCUGUCCGUGAGGUCCUACCACCGCCUGCUCUUCGACUACGGCACCCUCUUCCACCUCAGCAUGGGCGUCCUGCGGUGCCUCACCUGCGGCUGCUUCCGACGUAGGAUCACCCCGCUUUGAGAAGGGGCACCCCAAAGCGGGGGAGCUCAGGCUCUUGAUGGUGGGGAAGAAGAUGGGGGGGGGGGGGGGGGAGGGUGUCACGCUUGCGGCCCCGCACCCCCCUGGCAUCGCUCACGGCAGGACGGACGGACGGCGCUGGCGGUCGAACACAUCCCCCCCUUUUUGGGGUGUCAGAGCUGGAGAAAAAGAAAAAGCGGGGUUCUCCCAUCAGGAUGGGGUCCCAGUGGGGCUGAAUGGGGAGUCGGGGGGGGGAGGG